UUUAUAGAAGAGCAAAGAUUCAGAAAACCAAUUACGUCUGUUGAGUGUGAAAAAUUUGAAGAAAGUUGGGUGUCAGACUCAAGUCGUCGAAAAUGGGCGUGGGUGCUGAAAGUCUUUGAUCAGUGGAUGGUUGAGAGAAAUAAAGCCGUAAAUGAAAUGAGUUAUAGUGGUGAACCGUUGAUAAACGAGAAUCUAGAUGAAAUGUCUGAAGAGCAGCUGGAUUUUGUCUUGGCUCGAUUUAUUGCCGAAGUUAGAAAAGAAGAUGGACAAGAAUAUCCAGGAAAGACUUUAUAUGAAAUGAUAAGUAGUAUUCAAACGUUUUUACGUGUGAAAUGUAAGAGAAAUGUAACUUUGAUUGACAAAACAGGUUGUAAAUUUAGAAGUUUGAAUUCAGCUUUGAAUUUUCAAAUGAAAGAAAAAGCUGGGCAAGGAAUAGGCUUAGUUGUCAACAAGGCUAAUCUUAUUACGGAGGAACAAGAAAACUAUUUGUGGGAAAACGGGUUUUUAGGGAGCGACAACGCAGAGCUGCUUUGCCACACUUUGGUCUGGGUUUUUGGCAUUCAGUUUGCUCUAAGGGCUGGGCAGGAACACAGGAAUUUGAGAUUUAAAAACUCACAGUUAUCGCUACAAAGUGACGAAUCGGGUAAUGAAUUCUUACAGUAUAUGGAGGAUAUCAGUAAAACUAAUAAUGGCGGUUUGAGCCAUUUGCGCAUCAAAAGGAAAGUUGUUCGGGCAUAUAAGAACUUAACCAAUGUAGAGCGUUGCCCAGUUGAGCUGUAUAAGAAAUACGUAUCUCACGUGCCGAAAGAAAUCAGUGACAACGCAUUCUAUUUGCGGGCUUUGCCAAAGCCAAAAGGGGACGUAUGGUAUUAUAAUAAAGCUAUGGGGAGGGAAACGUUAGGGAACGUAGUUAAGAAUAUUAUGCGAAGAGCAGGUUUUGAGGGGCACUUUACAAAUCAUUCCCUUCGACGAAGUUGCGCCACACGAUUGUACGAAGGUGGUGUGCCAGAACAAGUUAUUGUAGAAACCACUGGUCAUCGAUCAUGUGAUGGGGUUAGGGAGUAUAAGUGUACCUCAUCAACACUUAAAAGGAAAGCAAGUGAAAUCUUGCAGGGAGCGACUCCUAAGAGGGCAGAAAUAGACGUCAAGGAAAAAAAUGAAAAACUGUUUAACAAUGAUGUUGAGCAAAAAUAUGAUGGACAAAGGGAAGAAACAGGGUUACAGGGGUUAAGCGAAAAGGUUUUAGACGAAAACCAGAGCGAAGAUUAUAAUCAGUCAGUUGUAAUUAGUACUCACAGUACGAAAAUUGUUAUUUCUUACAAGUGA